CCCACAGAAGGCAUGAAAAUAUAGGAAGAAUACAAAUAAUCAAAUUGCAUCCCUUUUCAUAUUUCUUUCCCCAGAUUCAAUCUCAUGCCCCCACAUAUAUUCGAAUUUUGUUGACAAUUCAGGAAGGGAAAGGAAAUGGGUCGGAGAAAGAUUGAGAUGGAGCAAGUGCAGGACACAAACACAAGGCAGGUUACCUUCUCGAAGAGGAGGACGGGUUUGUUCAAGAAGGCGAGCGAGCUGGCAACACUCUGCAAUGCCGAGGUGGGUAUCGUUGUUUUCUCACCAGGAGGUAAGCCCUUUUCCUAUGGAAACCCUAGCGUCGAGGCCAUCACAGAGCGAUUCAUGAAUGACUGUGAAGAGACGGAUGGAGAUGGCGAUGAAGUCAGAGCGCAACAAAGGGAGGCUCAACAGGAAGAGAUGAACGAAAAUCUCAAUGUCCUUACCAAAGAGCUCGAAGCCGAGAAGAAACGAGGAGAGACGCUUCAGGAGCAGCUUGAAUCGGCUGGAGAUGAGAGGUUCCUUAAGCCAAUGGAAAGCCUUAGCCUUGACGAGCUCAUUGAAUACAAAGCCGCCCUGGAAACAAUGCAUGCUAAGAUCAAAGGUCAAGCUACUCAAAUGCAGGCUUCGACUUCUCUAAUGCUUCUCUCCACCGAUAAUGGCUCCGGCAAGGCUGGCUUUCCAUAG